UGGCAACGUUCUCAAGCCUAUUUACAUAUGUUUUUUGCUUAAAGUCACGUAACACAAUCACAAUGUCGGCUACCAAAGUACUACGAUCCUUACUCAACGAACUGCGUAGAGCAUCUCCCAACGGCUGCAUUAAGGAUUCUCUCGCGGCAAAAUACAUCCUGGCCCAAUAUAAGAAAUUCGAAACGACCGAUCAGCAGCUUUGCAAGGCCCGCAAUGAAGCAAUUUUCUUAGGAAACACCUAUAAUACAUAUCUCGCUAGCCUCAGGAACUACAAGGAGCUGUACAUGGAGUAUCAUGGACGCGGCGAGCGCACGGUUAAAGAGACCGCAGAUUUGGUGGGCUUCAAAUUGCCAACAGAUCCCAAGUGAAAUGUGUUAUUUCUGCUAGUGCCUAGGUGUAGUGAUUAGAGAGUGAUUAAAGCUAUACAUAAUCAGAAAAAAA